AUGGUCAUCGCAACAGACUACAACUCCCCUGGCGCAGCCGCAACCAUUACAGUCCCGGCACCCAAGAAGCCAGAGACGACAUCUUCUGCAACGCCCGUCGUCCCCAAGCCCGCCGGGCCCAACAAGCUCUUCGCCAAAGAAGGCGUCACGUACGGCGACUUCCGCGAUGACCUCGUCCGCGACGGCUACGUCGUCGUCAAGGGCGCCAUCCCCCGCGAGCGCGCAGACAAGUACGCCGACGACAUGAUGUCCUACCUCGAGAACUUCGUCGACGGCCUCGGCUUCGACCGCAACGACCCCUCCACCGUCAAAGAAGCCAACCUGCCCAUCAUCACCGAGAAGGGCAUGUGCCUCGGCUACGGCAUCGCGCACGAGUCCUUCACCUGGGCCGUCCGCCAGGAGCCCGGGCUCGUCUCCGCCUUCGAGCGCGUCUACGACACGCCCGACCUCAUCGUCUCCUUCGACGCCGUCAACAUGGCCUUCCCGCACCGCGCCGACGUGCAGCCCAACAAGCCCUGGCCGCACCAGGACCAGGACCCGCAGAAGCCGGGCUUCCGCUGCCUGCAGGGGCUGGUCAACCUGCUGCCUAACGGGCCGCGCGACGGCGGGCUGAUUGUGUGCAAGGGCGCGCACCGCCUGUCGGAGCAGUUUCAUGAGGCGUUCAAGGACGAGCCGGACAAGAUCUGGGCGUGGACGAAGGAGUGGUACGGCUUUACCGACGCGGGGAUGAAGUGGCUUGAGGAGAGGGGGUGCGUGUGGGAGAAGAUUGAUGCGGAGCCGGGGGAUUUGUUGCUCUGGGACAGCCGCACGCCGCACUACAAUUUGAGCCCUGAGGGGGAGCGACCGCGGUUCUGUGUGUACACGUGUUAUAUGCCGGCGGCGGACGCGAGCCAGGAGGACUUGGUGCGGAAGAAGGGCGCGUUUGAGAGCUUGCAGAGCACGACGCACUGGCCGAAUGCGAUGCACGUGGGCGGGAUCCCGGUGAAGAGGGGCGGGGAGCCGUGUCCGUAUAACACGGGCAAGCCGCGCGAGGUGCCGAGGUUGAGUGAGAGGGGGUUCAAGUUGACGGGGAUUCCGUAUAUCCAGGGGGCGCCGAUUGAAGCGAGGGACACGUUUGGAGCUUAG